CAUGCAAUUUCAACAGUCCAAAUAAAACGCACACUUUACAGCCUUCUCAAAAGUGCAUCAGUUAAUUAACUAUUUGCCUGCUUAAUCCUGUUUAAUUAAGAAACGUACAAUGGCUGCAACAGUUUCCAUGCAAUCAAUCUUUACAAGUUCUGUAGCUUAUGGAGUUGGUAAGAGCAGAGUGAACCAGCUGAUUGUUCCUGCUAACUAUGCACCAAGUAGUCUGCGUAAGCAUGCUCACAUGAGAGUAAUCGCAAUGGCCAAGGAUGAACAGAAGGAGCAACCAACCACUGUUACAGAUGCAUCAGAAAAUUCAGAGCCAGCUCCUUCAUCACCUUUACCUCCUCCACCUCCUCCUCCUCCUAAGGUCAGCCCAAAGUUUUCCGACGUGCUUGCAUUUAGUGGCCCAGCACCGGAGAGAAUCAACGGCAGGCUAGCAAUGGUGGGAUUCGUUGCAGCUCUAGCAGUGGAGCUAUCCAAGGGCCAAGAUGUGUUUGCUCAGAUAUCCAACGGUUUAGGGAUCCCAUUGUUCCUCGGCACCAGCAUUUUGCUGUCGGUGGCAUCCUUGGUUCCUCUAUUCAAAGGGGUGAGUGUGGAGUCCAAAUCAGAGGGACUCAUGACUUCAGAUGCUGAGUUGUGGAAUGGAAGGCUGGCAAUGUUAGGACUAGUAGCCUUGGCCUUCACUGAGUAUGUGAAGGGUGGGACCCUAGUGUAGACUAAUAUCUCAAAAGAGUGGGUUCAUUUUCAUUCUACGUAAUAUUAAGUGCUAUGAGUAUUAGAUGAUUUGUAGUCUUGUACAAAUUAAAAUCAUAAUGUAAAUCAAUUUAAGUCAUCUAGUCAUAUAUUGUAAUUACAAUUUAUAAAAUAAUGUAAAUAUAUAAAAUGUCACAUUUACAUACU